GUACUUCCCUGACAAAAUAACGGGAUUUAUCGCGAGAUGACGUCAUUAGCCAACACGUCGAUGGACACACAGACAUUUCGGCAGGCAAUGUAAAUAGUCACCAUGGCUAGAGAAGGGCAACAAGCAAUACCGAAUGGAAUGGAGGGGGAAGAAGACACAUUUGAAAGAGACUUGAAAGAGAUGCUAGAUGAUGGACCAAAUUUGAAUGAUGCCAGUUCCAAUGUUCAAGGUGGUACACCAACCAGAAUGACCGCAUCCUAUGCAGGAAGUACAGCCUUGAGUUCAUCAUUUGAGUCUCCAGCAACGAGAAGUGCGUCACCUCAAGCCCGAUUAACUCGCUCCUACACCAUGCCUCCUGCCACAAGCAAUGUGCCGCUGUCCUCACCACAGACAAAUGGUGACUUUGUACCAAAGUCCAUCACUCAGGCUGCCACCAAGCUGGAGUCACUACGAGAAUGGAGUAUCAACACAUUCAAGUGCACCAAGCAGAUGCUGUCAGAGAGGUUUGGCAAGAGCUCUAAGACAGUGGAUCUUGAACUAGAGGCUCAGAUAGAAAUUCUGCGGGAUACCCAACGCAAGUAUGCCAGUGUGCUUCGUCUUGCCAGGGCUCUGACAAACCACUUUUUCUACGUGGUACAGACCCAGAGAGCCUUGGGAGAGUCUUUCUCUGAUCUUGCACAGAAGGCUCCAGAGUUGCAUGAGGAGUUUACAUACAACUGUGAGACACAGAGGUCCUUGGUCAAGAAUGGAGAAACCCUGUUAGGUGCUCUGAACUUCUUUACCUCCUCUGUGAACACAUUGUGUAACAAGACCAUGGAGGACACACUUCUGACUGUCAAGCUGUAUGAAACAGCCAGGUUGGAAUUUGAUGCAUAUCGCAAUGAUAUGGAGACUUUGAGUCUUGGUCCAAAAGACUCUACAACCCAGAGACUUGAUGAAGCCAAGCGGAAGUUUGGUGACCACAAGGUUAAGUUUGAGAGAUUCCGAGGAGAUGUCUCUAUUAAGCUGAAGUUCCUGGAGGAAAACAAGGUGAAAGUGAUGCACAAACAGCUGCUGCUGUUCCAUAAUGCUGUGUCUGCCUACUUCUCUGGGAAUGAGGCUAUGCUGGACACUACACUGAAGCAGUUCAACAUCAAACUUAAACGUCCAAAUGCUGAGAAGCCAUCAUGGAUAGAACAGUAAACAUGCAGAAGAUAUCUUGGCUAAUACUAGACUUUUUUUGUAAGGUGCUUUACACACAUCAGAUGUUUGUUUUAUGAACUGAAUCUCUAAUAAUGUACACAUCCAUGUGGAUGAAUGUUUGUAUCAAGCACUGUAGAUCCUUUACAUACAUGAGAAGUAUAACAUGUAUUAUAUGCUCACUGAGGGAAAACGUUAAUGAUGUACUGAAUUUCAUCAAAUUGCAAUGUGAAGAUUUACAGCCAUUAGAUGACAGUUCAUCUGUUGUGCCUAUGCUGGUUAGUCCACUUAAUCGAUUCAGGUGUGUCGACUGAUAGUGUGAGCCCCCACCAUGUGUGGGCACUCUUCGUGCUGGUGUGUGGGCUCAUAGUGUGAGCUCUCUCCAUGUGAGGACACUCUCCGUGCUGGUGUGUGGGCUCACUUGGUGUGAGCUCUCUCCAUGUGUGGGCACUCUUCUGUUGGU